AUGCAUCGCGAGCUCUUGGACGUAUUGCGCAAGCUGAGAUGGUGCAAAGCGCAAAAGGUUGGCCCUCGGCUACCCGGGAGUGGUGACGGCCGCCGGGGAAACUGUGUCGUCACGACUUUUCACCCUGCCCCAACGCGAACUCGGGGCAAACUCGGGGAUCCAUCUACUUCUGACUCCCAUACCAUUACUCCAACAUCGGCAUCUGCCCAAAUCAAGACAAUGACUAUUCCCAACGGAUCCAGCCCAAAGGAAGAACCCACGUUGUACGGAGAGAGAUGGAAGUCGAAAGAAGGCGCAGGCCCGAGCGAGGUCAGACUGAUCAGUGCCGACAAUCGUCUCUUGUUUGUGCCCAAACAUUUGCUUCAGUCCCACAGCACCGUGCUGUGCGACAUGCUCGAGCUCCCGUCCACCGAGUCACCUCCCACCAUCACUCUUUCCGACCCCGACCUCGAGUCUGCUGCGCAGUUAACGCUGUUUCUUCUCGUCGUCCAAGGUCAAAAAUUCGACGUUGCUCGCUACGCAUUUCCACCCGGGCCUUACGAUGGCUACACUGUCACAGCCUACCACAUAUUCUACUUUCUUCAAUUUGCCAAGAAGUAUGAUUGUCCCACUGCCCUACGGCUGUUGGAGAGCUUUCUUUACUAUCUCACCCGAGAGGCAUUCACCUUACCCACGUGCUCCGCCCGACCUCUGGACGUGUUUGUCCUCGCUGCCCAAGCCGAUUUCUUUAAAUUGGCAUCUCUGGUCAUCCAAGAGUAUCAGCCCUCCUUGGCGCCAGACAACAAGCCUCACUCUUUACUACACCGUCCCUCCCCGUUCGGUACACUCCCAACACACCUCCCAUUCACUCUUGACCAUAUACCUGCGGAAGCAUGGAAACAAAUUCCCCUGCGAUAUCUGUUUGCCCUGCAGAGAAGCACUGCUGUGCUCGAUGGGGAGACGGAGAAGGGCAAAACUUCAGCGAACAAGUUGGGGAGUUCGAAUCAGAUGCUGCGCUUUCGAGAGUACUACAAUUCGAGCAAGCACUUGUAG